AUGGACAAGCUGGGACUGCUGAAAGUGUUGUGUCUAAUCUCUUUGGUUGUAGCUUUGCAGGCGGCUUUCGUUUGGAAUACCAAAGGAGAAGUUGCACUUUUUAUAUCUAUAGCUGUACCCCUUGAUCUGUCAAGGAAUGAUGUCUUCUUGUCCUAUAACUUUGAAGCCAGCUAUUUGCUUCCACAAACCUGGCGCAAGAAGCCGAUAAUCUUUCGUAAUGGAAAUGGCACUCAUCAUGGUCCACACGAAGAUGGGGUAGCUGACUUUGAAGAUUACUACGAUGAGUACGAGGACGAGCAUCAUUACAAUCAUGAGAAACCAAAGCCACCAAAGCGAAAGAAGCCGCGACCUCACAAUAAGCCGCCCAAAAAGAAACACAAGCAUAAACCGAAGCCGAAGCCGAAACCGAAGCCGCCGCAUCAUAACCAGGACUUCUUUGAGGGAUUCCCGCGGCAGGACACCGAAGUGGCCUUGGGUGGGCGACGCCAGGAGCAAUCGUUGCUCUCACGCACGAAGCUCUACCAGAUACUGAGCCACAGAUUCGAACAACAUGGCUUUGGCAGCGGAGAUCGUUGUUUGCUGCGUUUGAUCUGCGAGGCAAACAGCGCACAGCUGGGAAACCACAACGGCGUGCUAGGCAGCCUCAUUCAUGUGAUGUUCAGUCCCAGCAGCUCGCAGUAUGAGGCACUACCUCAACGCUACUACACGGCCGAGAUGAAGGGAGAACAGAACGACUGUAGUGGAUAUUAUGAGCAAUGCAAACGAAGUUUACUCGAUGUCAUAACACGCCCUUUGGCCGAUUAUAUUGGCAAUAAAACAGCGCUGUCUUAAACGUUUAUUCUAUGUGCUCUUCAUGAACAUCUUGAGCGCUGG